AUGGAUGCAUUUGAAAGCGUUGACUAUGACCACAGGCGACUGCGAGGAUAUGGCCACAAGACCAGCGUGGUACUGGGGCAGAACCAUAAGGAAGCUGGAAAACACUUGCUGCAGACAUUAAUCCUAACGUUCCCUGACAACAAGAUCGUUGAAGAUGUUCGCAAUGCCUUGCGCUUGGAAGCCAGGGGAAACAAACAUAACAAAUUGACGCCUUCAACCAUGCAAUCGGUUUGCGUGCGCUCUGUGGUCCUUGAAAGCCUUGGCGUUCCACACGAAGCUGAAGUAAGUGAGUCUGAGUCUAUUCAGCCACUGGGCGAAUCUGGAGGAGCCAAGGAAAUUUACUGGCCAAAGGCACGCGUGUUGCCUGAAGAAUAUAUUACAAUAUGUGGCAUGAGGACAUGGAGUGCGUUUACAGAGAAGUAUUGUGGAUCAUGGCAGAAGAAGUUGCUGGAGCAGCUGGCUGUGAAACAUGGGGUAACUGGCUUGAAGAAGAGCGACGCCAUCAAGGAGAUCGUGACCAAGUUGGCCCACAAGAUCCACCCCAGUGACCACGCUUUUGUGGACCUGCUCCACCAGGGCACUGUGCCUGCUGCUGAUCAGCUUUUGCUGGAGGGCACUGUGCGUGCUGAUGAAGAGCCUUUGCCGGAGGGCACUGUGCCCUCAGAGUCAGAGGGCACUGUGCCUGCUGCUGAUGAACAGAAGGGGGCAGUAGAGUCUAUCAAAGGCAAGCCGAAGGAGAAGGAAGUCAACCAGAUCUCCAGGCGGAAAAUGUCUCACCCUACAGCCUUUUGCAUCUCCAAUGAGGACGACGGCGCGUUGAACCGCCUUUCAGAUUCCUCUCGCACGGUUGGCCAGGUCAACGCAGAGGGGCAUUCGAUGGGGAACGCUGAGACCAAGGAGACGAAACGCAAGGCCCGGUCAAAGAAUGAAGACUCAAGGCGAAGGAGCUCAGAAAAAGUGCCAAAACCUGUGGGACCGACCAAGACGAGCCCACUGACGCCUGGAGUGGUGGACCAGCCAGGGCAGCACUUGGAGGCUCGUGUUGCGGUGGCACGUGCUGUGGAGGCAAGCGACAAGAAGGCUGACUCAGACUAUUCCAAUGAUACGAAUGACAAGGAUGAGGCAUUUCCAGCUGAGAGCCACGUUGGCAACCCGGACGGGCUGGAUGUCUCAGGCUUGCUUGAAGAGCUGAUGCUGGCGUUUCCGAGAGGGAUGCGAUUCUCUACACUGAAGGAGCAGCUUCGCGCAUGCAAUGAUGGGACCUUCAGCGAGACUGCCUUCACCUGCCCUAAAAUUGUUGCUGGCAAGGUCAGGAUUGACAUCAAGCACGGAGGUGCUGGCGUUGAACCCCCUGGACUUCAGAGAAUCUAAGUGGAAGGUGGAGUGCUUGUGCCGCAGGAAGGCAAGGACUACACACACACACACACUCAGGUUGGGGACGGGCUCGCGCCAGACUCUGGGAGCCAUUGAUCGAGGCUUGACCAUUUUUGGAGCGAACCUGAUUGACCCAAAUUUGCCCGGGGAAGUAAGCUACUACCUACAAGUAAGCCACUACCUCACGCUUCCUUGAAGAAGGGCUCGCACUAUUCGUUUGGUUCCCAGAUUUUUAGGGAAACUUAGUCUGGGCCAAAACGGUUGGCUACUAAUAGUACCGACUACUAGUAUAUCUAGUACCGCACAUUUAGAUGGUGGCCUAGUGGCAAGGACGCGAGCUCGGAUUCUUGAAGACGGGAGAAGCUUCCUUGAAGCCUCGCAAAACCGUUCUUGGACUUUGAGAAAUUGAGGAAUGGAGGUGAAUGGCGUGUCAAGCAUUGAACUUUUGAGCCUUUUGAGUGGUCCUUACCAAAGUUUUGCGUGAGGUUGGUGCAACUCAAUGAGGGGCUUGGGGUGGGAUGGGAUGUGGUUCAAGGCAGCAUUUGCAUUCCACUUGAGACCGGCACAGUCUUUUAAAAGAGCCAUUGCCAAUUCCCAAAGAUGUACCGUCAAAGGAAUAGUAUGUACUGUAACAGCUUGUGAUGUAACAAGAGGCUCGCAACCCUCGAAGGUUGCCCAAUGACCUUGAAACAAGAGGGGCAGUGGUACCAUGAGCAGCUCUAAAGCUGCCCAUUUGGCAGCUUUGCAUUGCUUUGUUCAUUGCUUCGCUCUGGCCUUUUUCUUGGCUGCUCCAUUGGUCGAUUAGACAACCUUUAUCAUAGACUCUUUGGUCAUUUUUGGUCUGUUUUAAGCUUGUUUUCUGUUGAAGUGAGCAGCCGAGGGACUCCUGGGAUUUUUGGUCGGUGUUCCGCACGCUUGCUUCAGCGAUGACUGGACUUUGCGAGAGCAUGCUAGAGCAUUCUUCUUGGAUUCUGUCAACAACUUCUUGUUUUCAACGUUGUUUCUGUGGCAAACAUGUAGAAUCAAUACAUAAAACUAUAUAUAUAUAUAUAUGGGCUCGUGACGAUUUGGGGGCCCC